AUGUCGCUAUCCGUCUCAGCAACCACAACAACCAUAGCACAGGAGCCCAAGCCUCGUGCCAUCCUGGGUCUGAUGAACUUCGGCCCUGACCCCAACGCCGGAGGCCGCAUCACCAUUCUUGAUGAAUUUAACCGAUGCCUCGACCACUCCCAGGAGCGCGGCUACAGCGAAGUCGACACCGCUCGCUUAUACAUGGAAGGUAAACAAGAAUUCACGGCCGCGGCGCAAUGGAAGAAGCGAGGCCUCGUGCUCGCCACCAAAGUGUACCCUGUACAUCCCGGGUUCCACGGCUCCCAAGUCCUCAGGACAAAGGUGUCGGAUUCCCUACAAGCACUCCAGACGGACCAUGUGGAUAUUUUCUACCUCCAUGCCGCCGAGCGGUCAGUCCCUUUCGCAGAAACGCGGGAGACGGUAAAUGAAUUAUACCAACGCCGCAAGUUCGAACGCUUGGGCGUCAGCAACUACACGGCCUUCGAAGUGGCGGAAAUCGUGACUAUGUGCAAUGAGCGCGGCUGGGUGCGUCGAACCAUAUAUCAGGCAGUGUACAACGCAAUCACACGCUCCAUCGAAGACGAACUCAUCCCCUGUUGCCGACGAUACGGCAUGGAAAUCGUCGUCUACAAUCCCCUCGCGGGAGGCAUACUGUCUGGAAAAUACACCACGGCAGCUUCGAUCCCCACAGAAGGACGAUACAGUGAUAAGAACACCAGGGCAGCUGUGUAUCGAGAAAAAUACUUCAAAGACACAACGUGA